CACCCCCGCGAAGGGGACACGUAUCUGUUGCUCAGCUUGUUCAUCCUCCCUUUUCUCCAAAAACGACCGACAACAAGGGAUAACGCUGCUCUAUUUGCAUGGGAGUUCUCUCCCUCUCCCUCCCACUCUCUCCUACUCCACCGCCUCCCCACCUCUGACCUUACCGACCUGUCCUUCUGCUCUUUCCCUACCUUUGCUUUUUCUUUUCUUCUUCUUUUUGUCGAGGCUUCAGUGGAAUUGCCAAGACCUGUUUCAUGCAUGUCCACUGGCGGCAGGUUCAACUUUGACGAUGGGGGGUCAUACUGCGGUGGGUGGGAGGAGGGCAAGGCGCACGGCCACGGGAUCUGCACGGGACCCAAGGGCCAGGGCGAGUACUGCGGCUCCUGGGCCCACGGCUUUGAGCUGCUGGGCGUCUACACCUGGCCCAGCGGAAACACCUACCAGGGCACCUGGGCUCAGGGCAAGAGACACGGCGUGGGCAUCGAGAACAAGGGCCGCUGGGUAUAUAAGGGCGAGUGGACGCACGGCUUUAAGGGAAGAUACGGCGUGCGGGAGAGCACGGGCACGAGUGGGAAGUACGAGGGGACCUGGAACAACGGACUGCAGGACGGAUACGGAACAGAAACGUACUCGGAUGGAGGAACAUUUCAAGGCCAGUGGGUUGGCGGGAUGCGACACGGCUAUGGAGUUCGCCAAAGUGUGCCCUACGGCAUGGCGGCCGUCAUCCGCUCCCCUCUCCGUACUUCUAUAAACUCUCUCCGCUCCGGUUCGGAGAACAGCAACGGCACAGCUCUGCUGGACCGGACCGGAGCGGUGGUCCCCGGUCCUCCCCCCGGUCCCGGCACUUUGACCACCAGCGUGUCCAUGUGCAGCACGGGCAGCAGCGGCAGCAGUCCCGCCGUGUCCCGUGGGGGCUUCGUGCUGACGGCACACAGCGAGGCCGAGCUGCUGAAGGGGAAGAGGAAAGGCGGGCUGUUCCGGAGGUCCAUCCUUUCAGGGCUCAAGCUGAGGAAGUCCGAGUCCAGAAGCUCUUUGGCCUCCCAGAGGUCCAAACAGAGCUCCUUCAGGAGUGAGGCUGGGAUGAGCACCGUGUCCUCGGCUGCAUCGGAUAUAAACUCUACUAUAAGUCUUGGAGACGCAGACGCAGAGUUGGCCGUCGCAGACGACGACGUGGACGCCACAGCAACUGAGACCUACUGUGGGGAGUGGAAGAACGACAAGCGGACCGGAUUCGGUGUCAGUCGACGCUCCGACGGCCUCCAGUACGAGGGGGAGUGGCUCAGCAACAAGCGCCACGGCUACGGUUGCACCGCGUUUCCCGAUGGCACCAAAGAGGAAGGGAAGUACAAACAGAACAUCCUGGUGAGCGGCAAAAGGAAGAACCUGAUCCCACUCCGGGCCAGUAAGAUCAGAGAGAAGGUGGACCGAGCCGUGGAGGGAGCACAGAAAGCAGCCGACAUCUCCCGACAGAAGGCAGAGAUCGCUCUGUCCAGGACGGCUCAUUCGCAGGGCAAAGCUGAGGCAGCGGUGGAAGCCGCUCAGAAAGCCCAGGAGGAGAGUCGCAUGGCGAGGGUCACCGCCAAGCAGUUCUCUCCUUCCUUCCAGCACCCAGGAAAUGGCAUGGAGGUGCAGCGCCCCAAACGCCAGGUGUCCAGCGAGGUUGAGGGCGAGGGGCUGUCGAGUAGCGCCGGCACCACCGACAGCCCGGACCUCUACGUCAAGAGCGCGGGCUCCGACGACCCCUCGAACGACGCCGCCACCCCUGACCUCAGCCCCCCUUCCUCCUCACCGCCCCACACCCCGCCUCCCCCGGCCCGGCCGUCCCAGCGAAGCAAAAGUGCCCGCUUCCACCGGCAGACCGCCGUGGACCACGGGGACAAGAAUAAGGAGGGUGGAGAAAAAAGUGAGAAAGGUGGAGGAGGAGGGCAGAAGGAGAUCCAGGUGAUGAUGGAGGGAGGAAGCGGGGGAGUCGAAGGGGGUGGCGGAGGAGGGAAGGGGGAGCACCCACGGGCCAACAGCUGGAGCGAGGACAAGAGGAGAGGGGGGUUGUCGAAAGGGGGAGGCGGGCUCAGCGGACCAGGAGUGAGCCGGACCAAUGGACACAAACACAGCUCCGCCAAUCACAAGUCCCGGGAGCAUGGAUCAUCCAAUCACAGACAGGCUAGAGGGGACAGAUGGGUGGAGUCGGCCUCGUCGGCCUCUUGGACUUCGGGGCACAGGGCCGUGCACGGUCGGGGGGGGCGGCUGCUGGAGCAGGAUGAGGAGAAAAUGAGCAAUUAUGAGAUGGAGAUGAAGCCUUUACAGCCCAGAGACUCCACUACCCACAAGCCCGAUGGGCAAAGGGAGGAGACGCCCGGGCAUAGUCACGCUCACGGAGAGGGCCGCUCGCACACAGUGCAGCGCCAGAGGCCUAAGAACCGCGAGGGGAGGGAGGGUAAAGAGGGCAGAGAGGGGGGCAAAGACUCAGCGCACAAGCCGGACCGAGCGGGGGAAAAGAUGGAUUCACGGCCUCUGCGUCGGGACCUCACCCUCUCCCCCCCUCUGAGGUCCUCCCCCAUCCUACCGGAGCAGCAGGACCAUAGCCUCACGCAGAGCAAAGGCAACUCGGCCUACAGCUCUUUCCUGGUUGUCAUGGUGAUUCUGCUCAACAUUGGAGUGGCUAUUUUGUUUAUUCACUUUUUUAUUUAAAGACAGCACCGCUUUCAGAGUCAGCUUGUUGAUGCUACAACAACUAUACAUUUCAUGUGAGUAUUACAGAGAAAACCUGCAGUACCCCCUUCUGCCCUCCCGCCCAACUCCUCCACCAGGGGGGGAGGGAUUGCGGGGGAAGAUGAGGACCAAGGCUCCGCCGAUUAUUAUAGCUUGCCCGUGGGUAUCCUCGCCCAAGCUCGGCCCGAACGUCCCCGAAAGAGAUGCUGGAGCACCCGGCGGACCGGACGCAAGAGGGGCCGACCCGGUCCAGAAGGUGGACUUACGUGAGCUCUAGCAGCUUAAAGAACCAAAUGGGCCAAACCGGUCUGAUCCCCAGGCCCUGAGAGCUGCAGCUGACACAACAGCGACAUGUCUGCUUCCACUGUCUGCAGACAGCACCGACGAGAUAGACUUUUUUCAUCUUAAAUCAUAGUUCUCAACAGAUUUGUAACUUACAAUUUAUUUAUUACCAUAUGUUUUUCUCUCAUGUACAAUAUGUUGAUGGAUAUAUUCUUUAUUUUGUAACCCUCCAGCCCUCUUUCUAUAACUCCUGCCUUUUGGUUCCUCCGCCUGGCCCGGGUGUUGUUACCGAUGGUUCAACGUGCGUGUGCGAGCGUGUGUGUGCGACGGCUGGCGAGUUGUUGCUUUCAGCACAUCCCUCAGAUUCGUCUCCUCUGAUACACAUCUCCUCUCGUUCUUCACGCAGUGUGCCAGUGUUUAAAAUGGGUUUAUUUCUAUUAUUGUGGGACCGGGCGUGUGCGUGGUCUCCCCGAGUAGCUCCGUGGCCUUUUGUGCUUCUCUUGUUCACACAACUUCACACAAGCGCCCCCCCCCCAUCCAGCUCUUUUACUCAGCGUCAGCUGAAGGCCCCAACCCCUCCGUCUCUUCCCAUCUCCACGCCCAGCAGUCAUGGAUGGAGCUCCGUCUGUGUCCUUGGCAGAGCGCUGCCCCUACUGUGUCAGUAGCAGAGGUGAUUCCGGGGGAAGUCCUGCACCCAACGGCGCCAAGCCUGUAUGUGUAACGCCAGAAACAUGGCUUUGACCGAAAUAUCAUUUUAAUAAAUCACUGCCUGCGUCUCUCUCAGACAUUACCUGAAGACAGUGACUACACUUGCAAGAGGUCUGCACUUUUGUAGUGAUGAAAGUACAAAAAAAGCAUGCGUUUGUACCGUAAUAUCUCAUUCGUUUGAAUCUGAAAGCAACAGGAAGACGCUUUUGAUUGGAGCAGUGUCUGGACAGAAAGCUGUCCGCUACCCGUUGUGAUGCUGAGGCCCCAAAAGAAAUCUACUCAUGGGCUGUGAUUGGUCGUCGCUGGGUUGAAACCAAUUGCGGCCUCCACGUGGGGCUAAGAGGUCCUCCUCCGUGUUUGGAAGGAUUUUGGUGUGAUGGUGCAAGAAGGUUGUGGCGUUCCCCAGCUUCUCCUCCAACGGCUACAGACCCUCACUGACAGGCAGGCAGGCAGGCCGAAGAAUAAAGAAGUGAUAUAUGUAUAUAUAUAUAUAUAUUAUUUUAUUAUAGAGCGAAGAAAGCAAGUUUAACUGUGUGUGUGUGUGUGUGUGUGUGUGUGUGUGUGUGUGUGUGUGUGUGUGUGUGUGUGUGUCUCAAACCAACCAUCCCGUGUCUGUUUGCAUGUGCACACAUGAACGGUCAUCGGUUUGUGUGAACAUGUGUGCGCAUCCCCCUCACUCCACGUGACGUUGGCGGGACGGCGGAGCACGUUGCCAUCGGUAACAACUUCCAGCGGGGCAGGGAGGAUUGCUGCUGUUUGUUCUGUCUGACGCAGCGUUCCUCAAACUAUACACAUUUCUGGUGUUGGUGUCUGGUCCCCCUGCCCGCCCCAACAUUAUGGGUACAUAAGGGUACAGUCUGAUGUGCCUGCACCGCAAGAGGCAGAACAAUGUAUUUUGGUUUUACAUUUUUUGGUCCCCAAUUAAAGGAGGGUCCAAGAAGCUCUGCUGUAUGCCAUGAGCCUGGUGAUGAUGUGAGUUUGCAGCAUGCUACAGCAUGCCAAGCUCUCUCUAUAGUUUUACUCUCUUCUUUCUUUCUGUCUUUCUUUCUUUUUCUCUCUUUUUCUUGCUUUAUGUUUCUGGGAAUAACUGUUUUGUUUUUGAGUUAUGUGGCGAAAA